UUUGAAAGGAAGAUAACCUCUGAUCAAGGUCCUAGCUUUUGAGUGAGUAAAGAGCAAAUGAGCCAUCACAUCACUACAGGUAGCGCUGGAGUGUUAUGUUGGAGUGAUCUGCACUGGUAGCUUUAGUAGUGUAAAGAGCCAAACUUGGCUAACUUAAAUUCUGCUUGGAUCACUGUGUCUGUUGGAGAGGAGUGGACACUUUGGCAGUGUCUGAAUUGCCUUCAUUGGCUCCCUUAAGUUGCAUUGAGAACUGUUUAAAGCCAGCUAGUAGGAAACGCUGUGGCCCAAGUAUUUGGAUGGCAUUCAGGCUGCCUGGAUAUGGCGCUACAGUCUUAGAUGUGCCACCUUUCAGGGAGAAGAUAGUGAGACUUGUGUGUGAUCAGUGCCUGUAGCACUCAAGUAGUCCAGAAGUCAUAUGACUCUCCACCAACACCAAAAUAAGCCUGAGGCUGUGAGCAAGAAGGGGCAAAGGUUGGUGACUUGCUCAGCAAGCAGUGGGAAGAACAGUGGAUGGUGGCAGGAGGAGCUGAAGAGAGCUGGAAGAUUUGGUGAGACGGUUUACAGGCAGGGAGAAGGUGGAAUGACUAGGAAGAAAGUAAGGACUCUGGUGGAGUUACAGGGGCAGAGGAUUGAAACGAGACAAUGGAUUGGGGAGCUCUGCAUACUAUUUUGGGAGGUGUAAAUAAACACUCCACCAGUAUCGGGAAGAUAUGGCUCACAGUCCUCUUCAUCUUCCGUAUCAUGAUCCUGGUUGUGGCUGCGGAGAGAGUCUGGGGAGAUGAACAAGAUGACUUUGUCUGCAACACGCUUCAGCCUGGGUGCAGAAAUGUUUGCUAUGAUCACUUUUUCCCCAUCUCUCACAUCAGACUCUGGGCCCUGCAGCUGAUUUUUGUCUCCACACCUGCACUGCUGGUGGCCAUGCAUGUGGCUUACAGGAGGCAUGAGAAGAAAAGGCAGUUCAGAAAAGGGGACCAGAAAUGUGAAUUCAAGGACAUCGAAGAAAUCAGGAAACAGAGGUUUCGUAUUGAGGGCUCCUUGUGGUGGACAUACACCAGCAGCAUCUUUUUCAGGCUGAUCUUUGAAGCUGUCUUCAUGUACGCGUUUUAUUUCAUGUACGAUGGGUUCCGAAUGCCUCGCUUAAUGAAGUGUAAUGCCUGGCCCUGCCCCAACACUGUAGACUGCUUUGUUUCCCGACCUACUGAAAAGACGGUGUUCACUAUUUUCAUGAUUGCUGUGUCCAGCAUUUGCAUUCUUUUAAAUGUGGCUGAAUUAUGUUACUUACUGACAAAGUUUUUCCUCAGAAGGUCUAAAAAAGCUGGAAAUUCGAAACAACAACCCAACCAUGAGAAUAAGGAAGAAACCAAACAAAAUGAAAUGAAUGAGUUAAUAUCUGAUAGCUGCCAGAACACAGUUAUAGGGUUUUCAAGUAGCUAAGGGGGUGUCAAUGCUGAUGUUCACUCUUUUUGGAGUGAAUGUUUUAUUUAAAGGCUGAAAAUGAAAUCUGUUGUAUGAAACAAAGUUGGGUAAGAUUUUGAUGCAUAGUGUCAGAUGUUGAGUAUGUACACGUCUGGGAAAAGUCAGGGCAGCUUAAACAUGUGAAAAUUGCAUGAGGAUUAAAUAGGAAGAUGUACUUUCCUAUGAGUAGCCUUACAAGCUGACUAUGACAAGUGGGAAGCCCACUGCUACCUUCAUGCUGACACAGCUGAAAACUAAAUGCGACAGCAAUAAGAACAAAACUCUUUCAAGCUAGCUAUUCUAGUAUUACAAGAUGUUUUGUAAUAGUGAUAGUUUUUACUUGUGAACUGAUGAUUAAAAUAUUUUUCUAAAAUCUAAGAUUCCAUGUUACUUAAGAUGUUAUAGUACACAACUGACUGUGUUUUAUUUCUUAACCAGGCAUAUGCAGAUGAAUCCUGUAAUACCAUAUUCAUAGGGACGAGACAGCAAUAGGCUACAUACAUCUUCACAGCUUUGCAAGUGCUGCUUGAGUCUGGGCAGGUAGCUUGAGACGCUUGCAUACACACUGCUGGCUGUAGGGGAAUUGAAUGAAAGCCCACUAGUGUGGAUAAUUGAGGUAGCUAGAUUCUGAGUGCAAACACAUGCCUGAAAACAGCACAAGAAUAUAGUUACGGCCUAUGUAGACUUGUUUAAACAUCUAGCAGACCUGGUAAUCUUGCCGAUCCUCUUAUUUGCAUACUGCCAGUUUUAUAGCUACUUACGUAUGUUUAUGUAGAUGUUUAUUUCUCUAAUGUAUUAGCUGUAUUUGUUUCUUUAUACUGUAUCACAUCGUGGAACUUUUUUGGCUUUGAUUUGUUUGCUUUUUUGGUAGUAGACUGAUGGUGCUGUUACGAGACUAGAGUCUGUCUGGUUUCAAGGACAUGGAAAAGUAUUACUGGAAAUGGAGCAAGUCUUCUGAAUAAAAGGCGAACACUUUUACCUUU